AUGGCCUCGGCUGGUAACGCCGCCGAGCCCCAGGACCGCGGUGGCGGCGGCUGCAGUGGGACUCCGGACCGGCCGGCCGGCGGUGGCGGCGGCGGCGGAAGGCGCAGACGGACCGGGGGGCUGCGCCGCACCGCCGCGCCGGACCGGGACUAUCUGCACCGGCCCAGCUACUGCGACGCUGCCUUCGCUCUGGAGCAGAUUUCCAAGGGGAAGGCUACUGGCCGGAAAGCGCCGCUGUGGCUGAGAGCGAAGUUUCAGAGACUCUUAUUUAAACUGGGUUGUUACAUUCAAAAAAACUGCGGCAAGUUUUUGGUUGUGGGCCUCCUCAUAUUUGGGGCCUUCGCUGUAGGAUUAAAGGCAGCUAAUCUCGAGACCAACGUGGAGGAACUGUGGGUGGAAGUUGGUGGACGAGUAAGUCGUGAAUUAAAUUAUACUCGCCAGAAGAUUGGGGAAGAGGCUAUGUUUAAUCCUCAACUCAUGAUCCAGACCCCAAAAGAAGAAGGUGCUAAUGUCCUCACCACGGAAGCCCUCCGACAGCACCUGGACUCCGCGCUCCAAGCCAGCCGGGUCCAUGUGUACAUGUACAACAGACAGUGGAAAUUGGAGCAUUUGUGUUACAAAUCAGGGGAGCUUAUCACAGAAACAGGUUAUAUGGAUCAGAUAAUAGAAUAUCUUUACCCUUGUUUAAUCAUUACACCUCUGGACUGCUUCUGGGAAGGGGCAAAGUUACAAUCUGGGACAGCAUAUCUACUAGGUAAGCCCCCUUUGCGGUGGACAAACUUUGACCCUUUGGAAUUCCUGGAAGAGUUAAAGAAAAUAAACUACCAAGUGGACAGCUGGGAGGAAAUGCUGAAUAAGGCUGACGUUGGUCACGGUUAUAUGAACCGUCCGUGCCUCAACCCUGCUGAUCCCGACUGCCCCGCCACAGCCCCCAACAAAAAUUCAACCAAACCUCUUGAUAUGGCCCUUGUUUUGAAUGGUGGAUGUCAUGGAUUAUCUAGAAAAUAUAUGCACUGGCAGGAGGAAUUGAUUGUGGGUGGCACAGUCAAGAACAGCACUGGAAAACUUGUCAGCGCCCACGCCCUACAGACCAUGUUCCAGUUAAUGACUCCAAAGCAAAUGUAUGAGCACUUCAAGGGUUACGAGUAUGUCUCACACAUCAACUGGAACGAGGACAAGGCAGCGGCGAUCCUGGAGGCUUGGCAGCGGACGUACGUGGAGGUGGUUCAUCAAAGCGUUGCACAGAACUCCACACAGAAGGUGCUUUCUUUUACAACGACAACUCUGGAUGACAUCCUGAAGUCCUUCUCUGAUGUCAGCGUCAUCCGAGUGGCCAGUGGCUACUUACUGAUGCUUGCAUAUGCCUGUUUAACCAUGCUGCGCUGGGAUUGCUCCAAGUCCCAGGGUGCCGUGGGGCUGGCUGGCGUCCUGUUGGUUGCACUGUCAGUGGCUGCAGGAUUGGGCCUGUGCUCAUUGAUCGGGAUUUCCUUUAACGCUGCAACAACUCAGGUUUUGCCGUUUCUUGCACUUGGCGUAGGUGUAGAUGAUGUUUUCCUUCUGGCACAUGCAUUUAGUGAAACAGGACAGAAUAAAAGAAUCCCUUUUGAGGACAGGACCGGGGAGUGCCUGAAGCGUACAGGAGCCAGCGUGGCCCUCACUUCCAUCAGCAAUGUCACCGCUUUCUUUAUGGCCGCGCUAAUCCCCAUCCCUGCUCUGCGGGCAUUCUCCCUCCAGGCAGCUGUGGUGGUGGUAUUCAAUUUUGCCAUGGUUCUGCUCAUUUUUCCUGCAAUUCUCAGCAUGGAUUUAUAUCGACGUGAGGACAGGAGAUUGGAUAUUUUCUGCUGUUUUACAAGCCCCUGUGUCAGCAGAGUGAUUCAGGUGGAGCCUCAGGCUUACACGGAGACUCACGACAACACCCGCUACAGCCCCCCGCCACCGUACAGCAGCCACGGCUUUGCCCACGAGACGCAGAUCACCAUGCAGUCCACGGUCCAGCUCCGCACAGAGUACGACCCCCACACGCAUGUGUACUACACCACGGCUGAGCCGCGCUCCGAGAUCUCAGUCCAGCCCGUCACCAUGACCCAGGACACCCUCAGCUGCCAGAGCCCUGAGAGCACUAGCUCCACGAGGGACCUGCUUUCCCAGUUCUCCGACUCCAGCCUCCACUGCCUCGAGCCCCCCUGUACCAAGUGGACGCUUUCCUCUUUUGCUGAGAAACACUAUGCCCCUUUCCUCUUGAAACCCAAAGCCAAGGUUGUGGUGGUCUUCGUCUUCUUGGGCUUGCUGGGGGUCAGCCUUUAUGGGACCACCCGAGUGAGAGACGGGCUGGACCUUACAGACAUCGUGCCCCGGGAAACCAGAGAAUACGACUUUAUUGCUGCACAGUUCAAAUACUUUUCUUUCUACAACAUGUAUAUAGUCACCCAGCAAGCAGACUACCCAAAUAUCCAGCACUUACUUUACGACCUUCACAAGAGUUUCAGUAAUGUUAAGUAUGUCAUGUUGGAAGAAAAUAAACAGCUUCCCAAAAUGUGGCUGCACUACUUCAGAGACUGGCUCCAAGGACUUCAGGAUGCAUUCGACAGUGACUGGGAAACUGGGAAAAUCAUGCCAAACAAUUACAAAAAUGGAUCAGAUGAUGGGGUCCUUGCCUACAAGCUCCUGGUGCAAACUGGCAGCCGCGAUAAACCCAUUGACAUCAGCCAGUUGACUAAACAGCGUCUGGUGGAUGCAGAUGGCAUCAUCAACCCCAGCGCUUUCUACAUCUACCUGACCGCGUGGGUCAGCAACGACCCCGUCGCGUACGCCGCCUCCCAGGCCAACAUCCGGCCCCACCGCCCCGAAUGGGUCCACGACAAAGCCGACUACAUGCCGGAAACCAGGCUGAGAAUACCCGCAGCAGAGCCCAUUGAAUACGCUCAGUUCCCCUUCUACCUCAACGGCUUGCGAGACACCUCGGAUUUUGUGGAAGCAAUCGAAAAAGUCAGAACCAUCUGCAACAACUACACGAGCCUGGGGGUCUCCAGCUACCCCAACGGCUACCCCUUCCUCUUCUGGGAGCAGUACAUCGGGCUCCGCCACUGGCUUCUGCUGUCCAUCAGCGUGGUGCUGGCUUGCACGUUCCUCGUGUGCGCCGUCUUCCUCCUGAACCCCUGGACGGCCGGGAUCAUUGUGAUGGUCCUGGCUUUGAUGACAGUGGAGCUCUUUGGCAUGAUGGGCCUCAUUGGAAUCAAGCUGAGUGCUGUGCCCGUGGUCAUCCUGAUCGCCUCCGUCGGCAUAGGAGUGGAAUUCACCGUCCACGUGGCUCUGGCCUUUCUCACGGCCAUCGGCGAUAAGAACCGCAGGGCCGUGCUAGCCCUGGAGCACAUGUUUGCGCCUGUCCUGGAUGGCGCCGUGUCCACUCUGCUGGGAGUGCUGAUGCUUGCAGGAUCCGAAUUUGAUUUCAUUGUCAGGUAUUUCUUUGCUGUUCUGGCGAUCUUAACAAUCCUGGGUGUCCUGAAUGGAUUGGUUUUGCUUCCAGUCCUUUUGUCCUUCUUUGGACCAUACCCUGAGGUGUCUCCAGCCAACGGGCUGAACCGGCUGCCCACUCCCUCCCCCGAGCCACCCCCCAGCGUUGUCAGGUUUGCCGUGCCCCCCAGUCACACAAGCAAUGGGUCUGACUCCUCUGACUCGGAGUACAGCUCUCAGACGACAGUGUCGGGCCUCAGCGAGGAGCUGCGGCACUACGAAGCUCAGCAGGGCGCCGGGGGCCCUGCCCACCGAGUGAUCGUGGAAGCCACGGAAAACCCAGUUUUCGCCCGCUCCACUGUGGUCCACCCCGAGUCAAGGCACCAGCACCCCUCCAGCCCCCAACAGCCGCCCCACUUGGACUCAGGGCCCCCGCCCCCAGGGCGGCCCGGCCCGCAGCCCCGCCGGGAACCCCCCCGCGAAGGGCUGCGGCCGCCCCCCUACAGACCGCGCAGGGACGCUUUCGAAACGUCUACUGAAGGGCACUCUGGCCCUAGCAAUAGGGACCGCGCGGGCCCCCGCGGAGCCCGUUGUCACAACCCUCGGAACCCAGCGUUCACUGCCGUGGGCGGCUCCGUGCCCGGAUACUGCCAGCCCAUCACCACUGUGACUGCUUCCGCGUCCGUAACCGUGGCCGUGCACCCCCCGCCCGUGCCGGGGCCCGGACCCGGGCGGAACCCCCGAGGGGGCACCUGCCCCGGCUACGAGGACUACCCCGAGACGGACCCCGGGCUCUUUCAGGACCCCCACGUGCCUUUUAACGUCCGGUGCGAGAGGAGGGAUUCCAAAGUGGAAGUCAUCGAGCUGCAAGAUGUGGAGUGCGAGGAGAGGCCCCGGGGAAACAGCGCCAGCUGAGGGUGAGUAAAAUCUGAAGCAAAGAGGCCAAAGAUUGGAAACCCCACUCCCCCAUCCCCUCCCUAUCUCCCACCCACCUCUUUCCAGAACUGCUUGAAGAGAACUGCUUGGAGUUAUGGAGAAAAUGUCCUGCGCCAGGAGAGCAGUUCAUUGUUACUGUAACUGACUGUAUUAUUUUGUGAAAUAUUUCUAUAAAUAUUUAAGAGGUGUACACAUAUGUAAUAUAGGAAGGACCGAUGUAAAGUAGUACGAUCUGGGGUUUCUGGCUCCUGUCCCAGAGUGGGGAGGCUGCAGUGGGGCCCUCCCUGUUUGUACAUUGAUCUCUGUGCCACAACCAAGCUUAACUUAGUCUUAAAUUUCAGCAUAUUUUGCUGCUGCUUAAAUAUUGUAUAAUUUACUUGUAUAAUUCUAUGCAAAUAUUGCUUAUGUAAUAGGAUUAUUUUGUAAGGUUUCUGUUUAAAAUAUUUUAAAUUUGCAUAUCACAACCCUGUGGUAGUAUGAAAUGUUACUGUUAACUUUCAAACACGCUAUGCGUGAUAAUUUUUUUUUUUUUUGUUUAACGAGCAGAUAUGAAGAAAGCACGCUAAUCUUGGUGGCUUCUCUAGGUGUACGUGUUCCUUUGUUUGGCUGUGAGUGCAUGAACAUGUGUGUGAUUUCCCAGUGUACUGUACUGUGAUUUGAGUUUUUUGUUGUUGUUUUCUUUUUUUGUUUCUUUUUGCUGUCCAUAACCCUUCAUGGGCUCUGACCAGGGUGACGUUAUUGCUUAGUGCUGGUGGGGCUGCCCCUGAACAUCCAGACUUAAACUUUCGAAGUGGCCUGGGGAAAGCUUCUGGUCCGUGACAUAUCACAGUAUCACUGGCCACCUUCCAGAUAUCCCAACUAAUGCUUCAGAAGAGAGAAGUUCUCCACAUGGAUCGUUGUGGUUGGCGUUAGAACCUCAGGGUAUAGAGCAAACAUCCAUUCAUCUUCAUUGAUAUUGAAGAGUUGGAUGCUAUGCCUAAAAAAGUAUGUAGUCUUUAUUGUACCCCUGUCAUGACCAACACACGCACACACAAACAUUAAAAGCAGACAGGUGAUCUUUUAGAAACCAUGGCCCCGCUAAACAGAAAAAUCCAUUCUGUUGAUACCAGGCCCACAGUAAACUCAAAGGUGAUGAUGUUUUGACUCCCUACAUUUUAAACUCCUUCUCUUCCUAAGUUGAACAGUUGGUUUGUGGCUUUCUGGAUCUGUUUGCAUGGUCUUAAACAAUAGAGAGCAUCCAGUCUACUGAGACAGGGUCAGAAGUUUCACAGGCUACGAGCUUCAGGAGGAUCCCUCUCAAUUUGUUAAUAUUAAUAUGGUGGGUGCACAUUUCCUAAAAAAGUAGGAAACGUUGUCUCUCCCUUAUCAUGACCAGUGCCUGUUCAGUGUGACAUUUACUAAGAGGAGGAAGCUAAUUGCAUACACCUACAGAAUGUAUAUGGCAGCAGAUCGCUCAACCAGGUAUCGUUUUUAAAGAUUUGCUUCUGUAUUGAUUCUGUUCUCUUGCUCAGUGCCCACCUCCCCUUCCAAAUCAGGGCCGACCCCAUGUUUACAGACACUUGGGAAGUCAAAGGAAAGGCUGAACCCUAAGCUACUGUUAGGAGGGCACGAAUGGCAGCUCCCAUGAAUUCCUCUCGUUUUACCUGGAAAAUCGUAAUAGAGACAACAGACCCUGAGGAGUACUGGCAAGUGUAGUGAUCUCAGAUCCUAAAACUCACCAACAAAAUGUGGUAAUGUGGCCGGGCUCUGAGCACCCCCCCUCUCACUGCUACUGUUACGGUGCCCCUUCGUCAGCGAUACUGUCUACCAACCCACCUAUGAUCAGAAAACCUAUCUGCCACAUUGAGGAGAGCAAUGAUGCAAAAUUCUGGGGUCUGCUUCUCUCAGGCCCUUGGUGUGUCCUUGCCCCUUUCCUGAGCCCAGCUUGCAUGGUGCGUGUGAACCCACACAGCCCCCCGUUUUCUGCACAGCAUGGAACUUUUGUCUCCCAUCAUCACAUUGGCAAAGGGAGAACUCGGGGCUGGCAAGCAACUAGAAUUUCUCUUUGGGUUUUUUUUUUUUUUUUUAAUUUUUAUUUUGUCUGUCUUGUUUGUUCAUUUGGAUGUUUUAAUUUUAAAAAAAAAAUCUUGGCUGAUAUUUAUAAUUUUGUAUCAUAAGAAUGUUUUCCUACAGGAUUUGUCAUGCCAGUUUAUAACAAAAAAAAUGCAGGGAUUUUAUUUCUGUUGGAAACACUAUUACGGCUAUGUUUUACUUUUGAACAGAAUUUUUAUUUGUAUAGAGUGCUUACUAAUGUUAAAUAGUUCAGAGUAUAUAACAUUUACAUUAAGGACUCAUGGUAGGUUUUAGAGUAAGGAGUUUAAAGGAGAUAAAUAUUCAAACUGGGUCCCAUUGUCUGCCAAUUUGGGCGGAAGUGGGUUUGUGUCAUUUCAUUUACAAAGAUAAAAGUAUGCCAUAUAAUUUAUUUAUAUGAAAAUUUAUUUUUGUAGUGUACAUAGUAGUCAUCAAGUCUUUCGACAGAAGUAUAUUUUUAAAGAAUUUAUAUGUGAUGAAUCCAUAAUGUCUGGAACUUUGCUGAGACAUGAGUGGGGCACACUUCAUUGUGAAUUACAGCAAGGAAAAGGAAAUGUUUAACAGUGUUAAGAGAGUGAGAGCCAGUGGAUAUUCCUGCAAUUGUGAAAUGUGUAUCAGUUGCCCUUUGGGACCUAGCGUGGUUCUCAUUUUAAACCUUGGAAGGCAAAAAUGUACAAACUCUCUAAAUAUUAAUGUUCAAACACUGAUAGAAAUUCUAACAUGAAUAAAAAUAAUAUAACUUGUUGGUUA